ACAGACACACACUGCGCAAUAAUUAAGCAGAAUUUUUUUUAAUUAUCCCAAACUAAACAAAACAGGCAAUAUGCAAAAGUCUACUUCUUCUGUUGCUUUCAAGCCAAAACUAAGUAGACAGGGUUACACAUGGACAUACUGGGAACUUGAUAUAGCUAACCAGGACUAAAAUCUAAUUUUACUGACAUACUACUGUACAGUAUGCUGUUAUGGGUUUUCAUGUUAUGUCAAUUUAGAUUAUAGAAAAAAAAAUCAUUUUUUUUUUCUAAAGACAAAUCAUUGUAUUUUGACACACUUACAUACGCACCAAGCACACAAGAGCACGUAUUAAAGCCCAUAACCCAGGCGUUUAUAAAAAAAAAAUGAGACGAGCCAAAAAUAGGAUAUUAAACCUAAAUAUUGUACUAAUUACAAUAAAGGUUAUAAUGUACUGUGACAAACAGCGAAUGAAUCUGAAUCAACAAUCUCCCUCUCUACCUGUGACAGCACUGUACAGCAAAAACUGCGUGCCCCGUACUGAAUGUUUCGGCAGUUUAUUCCGGGGGCAGUCGGAAGCCGGCCAUUCAGGAAUGGGAUGGCGUCACGGUACCAGUUUCAUUCAACAAAGUUUCAUUCAUGAAUUGGAGGAGACGUGAUUGAACUAGCUAUCGGAGGGGGCGAUGCUGAGGGUACUUUAGGGGGACGUGACGCCAUAACCGGUUCCUUUGUUGUGGUUGAUGGGAGGAAACGAGAACUGUUUGGAGCGAGAGGAUUCAGAGCCCUGCGCAGAGGGAGCAGGUGCUGGUGGAGGUGGGGAAGAUGAUUGGCUCGUACCCUUUCAAAUUCCAGGGCGCCCGCAUCCUGUCUGGGGUGGAGGAAGGGGCAUACGGCUGGAUCACCAUCAACUACCUGCUCAGCUCCUUCAUCAAGUACUCCUACGAAGGGAAGAGGCUGCACCCCAAGAAUGGAAAGAUCCUGGGUGCCCUGGACAUGGGAGGUGCCUCCACACAGAUCACCUUCACCCCUGAAGGACGGAUUGCAGACAAACAGACCGAGGCCUUCUCUGCGUUUUUCUACACGUUUGACUUUCUUAAGCUGGCUCCACGGUCCUCUCUGGAUGUUACGAAGAAAACCACUGAAGAAUUCUGCAAGAGAGACUGGAGCAGCCUGAAGACAGACUUUCCCACAGAGAAGGAGAAUAAUCUGAGAGAGUACUGCGCCACCAGCUAUUACAUCACCACUCUACUGGCUGAUGCCUACAAGUUUGACAACCAAUCAUGGAACAAGAUCGUCUUUGAGAAGAAGGCUGAUGACACCGAUAUCUGCUGGAUGCUGGGCUACACGCUGAACUUGACCAACCUAAUCCCCACUGAGACCCCUGCAAGGUGAAAGGGCAUGGCUACAGCGUGCGGGCCGCCUCGGUCUUCUUCAUCGUACUGGUCAUUGCGCUGAGCCUGCUGGCCCUGGUAGUGCAGUGCUACACUCAGUGCCGCCGCAGCUUCAACUCACACCAGUCAGCAACUGAGUCACCAAAAAGGGGACAGUGAAGAAGAGGAGGAGGAGGGGGACGAGGUCUGGUUAAUAUAGAGGCCAAGUAUGGAUUUGUCCCCAUCCUGGUUUUUGAUGCUGAAAUGACAGCAAUGGUACGGGUACUUCAGCAAAAAAAUGAUUUUACUGUAUUUUAGUGGAGCUCUGUGCAUGGCACAACAUUUUAUAAACUAUCCUGUAUCAUUCGGAACUUAAGGAUCUGAAAUCUAAAUACUCCAUUUCUGUCUUCAAUUGUACAGUGUAUGAUUACAUUUUUUUAUAUAAAUAUAUAUUGUAGUAUAUUUGGAUUUCUUGGUUUUGGUAUGUUUCUGUUAUAUAGUGUUAUAUUUAUACCGGUUCAGAGGUCUCUAUUGGUAUUUCUGUUUAUUGGAUAUAUAUAAUACUGUAGAAGUGUUCUCUUAGGGGAAAUAGAUGCACAACUAUAUUACUCUAAAAAUGAAUAAUAUUGAUUUCUAGUCUUUAACUGUGGUUUCGGUGUUUUCUCUUCAGAUGUAAAUGAGGAAAGGUUGACACUUUUGCAAUAAAAGGCUUUCCUGUGAUGCAUGUGAUGUGACAUGUUUCUAUCAUGAAACCAUCCCCCUGCAGAAUAGCCCCUUUAGUUUGCAUGGGUUUUUCUCUUAAGUAAUAGCAUGUCUGUCUGAGUGCUCAUUUAACAAUGCUCUGCUGUCACCUGCUGAUCCUUGAAAGAAGCCUAAAACUCGUGGUGAAAACGAGGAUGCUUUUCAUAUCCUGCCAUGUUCACACUGUGCCUUUCCAAUGAUUCACCCUCUUUGAUAUCCUGCUUUACCAUUCUUAUCAGUGU